GAAACGUGCAACUAGUUGGGAAAAUUUAUGGUGUUCAGAAAAAUCUUAUGAUGGUAUUAAAGGAUUCAUCAUACCAAAAUAUAUAAAUGGAUCAUUUAAUAUGAAUUGGAUUGUUGAUAGAAAUUUUGAUGGGGGUUGGAAUACAUUUUAUGAAGGCACUUCAUGGGAGUAUAGUAUGGAUGUACCUUUUGACGUAAAAAGAUUGAUCGAAUUAUCAGGAGGUCCGAAACAUUUUGAAAAUAGACUUGACAAAACAUUCUCAGAUCAUACUUUUCUGGGGAAUUACGACGACUGA